AUGACCACGGUCAUACCGCGUCUCUCCUCGCCCACUCGUCGCCGCUGGUGGGAGCUCAUAUCCACCCAAGGAGUGGGCCGCUCGGUGCACGUGUUGCCUCGAGGCAAGCUUUGCUGCCGCCUCACACACCGUGAAAGUCGCGCCGCCAUAACCGGCCUCGAAGAGAAUGGCGGCGGUUCCUCGAGCAAGACGCAACGGCUGGCCAUAGUGGACUCCAGCAAGACGGGCCAAGCCGCGUCUGGGCUAAGGGGCUUGAGAAACAAAAGAAGCCCUCUCCGGCAACCGCCCGGCCAUGCUUCGACCCGCACCAUUCUUGGCCAGAGCUCGGAUCUCCCGAUCCGGGCACGCUUUGCGCCGUCGCCCACGGGUUAUCUGCACCUGGGAUCCCUCAGGACCGCUCUCUUCAACAACCUGGUCUCCCGCGCUUCCAAGGGCGGUGCCUUUGUUCUCAGGAUAGAAGACACAGACCAGAGCCGUCUUGUUGAAGAUGCCGAGGAGCGCGUCAUCCAGGACUUGGAAUGGGCAGGAUUGUCGUGGGAUGAGGGCCCUGACCGGGGCGGUCCGCAUGGCCCCUACAGGCAGUCUGAACGACUUCCCAUCUACAGGCAUCAUGUCCAGAAGCUAGUUGACACUGGCCACGCCUACCGCUGCUUCUGCACCUCGGAGCAGCUCGAAUCUCAGAAGCGUCGGCUCCAUGAUGCGGGCAAGCCGACAAUCUAUCCAGGCACCUGCCGUUCCAUCGAUAGGCCCGAAUCCGACGGCCGUGCUUCCAAGGGAGAGCCUCAUGUGGUACGCUUGAAGGGCGAUGCCUUUGGGCGACCCAAGUUCCGAGAUGCCAUCUACGGUCAUUUUCAGAAGAAGAAUCCCGAGGACGACUUUGUCAUCCUAAAGACGGACGGCUUUCCUACCUAUCACCUAGCGAAUGUGGUUGAUGAUCACUUGAUGGAGAUAACUCAUGUCAUCCGCGGCGAGGAGUGGCUCAUCUCGACCCCGAAGCAUCUUGCGCUUUACCAGGCAUUCGGUUGGCAUCCUCCUACCUUUGCUCAUCUCGGCCUCCUCGUGAAUCCGGAUGGAACCAAGCUGAGCAAGCGCAACGACAGCGCCAGCCUUUCCAAAUACCAGCAUGAUCGUGUCUUUCCCAUGGCCUUUCUUUCCUGGCUGGCAAAUCUCGGCUCCUCCUUCAAGUCAAAUGCCAAGACGCCGCGAACCCUGGACGACGUGGUUGACGCUUUGACGUUCAAGUUCACAACGGGGGGUAUCAAGAUGAACUUUGGCAAACUCGAUUACUGUAACAGCAGGUACCAAGACGCGCUUCUGGCAAAUCCCAUCCCAGAGCUGGCCGAGGAAGAGGCUCGACUUUUCAAUCAACACUUGAUACAGCCUCUAUUUCAGAGGCUCGACACCAUCACAGGCGGAGACAGCGUCGAGACGCAGAUCCUUCCAAAGGCGUGGCAGACCUCUUUGGAACUCGUCCCGGCUCUGAGAUCUGACGAAGCAAGGGACAAGUACGCACGCGAUGUUUUCACCAACACGCAGGGAGGGCGCUUCAACUCCCCAAGCACCCUCAUUGAGGGAUAUCCCUUUCUCUUUUGGCGCGUGCCAACGGACCUGUACAAGUCUUCCAUAGCCGCCGCUGUCCCGAAUCCAGAGAUCCUAGUCGCGCUGGACGGGGCCAUAGAACGAACAGAGUGCUGGGAAGACCAGGGAGGACACGUCGUGGCGUUUCUCAACGACGCGCUUCGCGACUACAACAUCACCCCCGUCGUCAUGCACAAUGUUUUGCGGCUGGUCGCCACUGGGGCUUGGGACUCGGUUACGCCCACUAGCUCCAAGAUGUUCGCGCUCCUGGGCCGGGACGAGUGGCGCUGCCGCCUCGACGCCCUGAAAGCCCUACUUGGGGAGGCAUCGUGA